UUUCAUGGUGUCGCAGAGUGAUGGCCGAACACAACGCUGAUGCAGCUCUUGCCGCCGUGCGUGCUGUGCAGCUGCGGGAGCAGUUGCGAGUGCUUGGCGGACAGCGCGCAGGCAGGGAUGAUCUGAGGGCAUUUGUGCGCCGGAACAACCUCACAGCAAAGGCCAGGAGCGCCUCGGAGCUGUACGAUCGCAUCAUCAAGGAAAUUCGCGAGAUGGAGCGGCGGGCAACCUGGACACGCAAAUCGCCUUCCUCAAGCGUUGCCACAACAAACACAAGGACAACGAAACCAGCAUCCGGCUUGAGGCCAACCACAGGAACACACACUCCCACCGCACGACCAAAGGUUCCCGCUUCCACGCCACCCUCGUUGCCGGCGGCAUCGGUAUGCGAGCCGCGAUCCGCCCGUCCACACACGGACACCAGCACAACCACCAGCACCAACGCCCGACACCACCACCACCACCACCAACACACCACCACGAGCACGUCUUCUUCUCCUGUAACACCACCCACCCCGUCCCAGCAGCAUCUAAAGCAGGUUGCUGCGUCGUUACCUAAACCAGUGGCGGCGUCGUUACCAACACAAACGGCGACGCGUCCUCAGAGGACCAUCGCCCUUGCAGAACUGACACCUUCCGCCCCCUUGCCCAUGCUGCAAGCGUAUGCGGAGCAAGAACAGCUGUCUCAUAUGCGGGGCAUCAAAGAUGCACGCGCCCUGUACCGCCGUAUCCGCAGCUUCCACGGGCUGCCGGCACUGGACGACGACGCCCUCUCCUGCGUGGCGCGCUUCUCCGCACCAUUGUCAUCGUCAUCGUCGACAUGGUCGACGUCCUCAUCGUCCUCAUCGUCGUCAUUGUCAACAGCAGCAGCAGGAAUGCGUGCUUCGCCUGUGUCUCCCGUGUCUCCUUUGUCGCCUGCGGGUGUGUUUGACAUGGAGGAUGUGUCGCUACGCGAGCCAGGCGUGUCGUCCAAAGCGAGCCGCGUAUGGUUGCACCGCCAGAACCGCGACGCGUACACGGGCAUCCCACGCCACACGUACGAGACAAAGGGCGCGGAGACGCAGGUGGACCACGUGCUGGAGAUACAGCUGCUCAACCACGCGUGGGAGGAGGGCGUUGCACGCAACCCGCGGUUUCCGCCCGCUUACAACCUGCGAUCGAGCAAGGCCCGCGCCGUGAGCACGCACACGGCUAACGACGUGGCGAACCUCAACGUGACCAUGAAAGAGAUCAACAACAAGAAGCGUGGGCCGUUCACACGGUGGCUGAACAAGUACAAGGCUGCCGGCGGUGAGGGGAGCACACGUGCGCUGCCCUUGGACGAGCUCAUUCGCGCCUCGGCGCGCGUCGACAAGACGCCGCAUAUGCAGACGAUGAUCGACAUGGGGAUUUGGGACCGCAUCACGCGCAGCGUGGUGGCGUCAUAUGACGCUGUUGCCGACGAGCAGCAACGGGAGGCUGUGCUUGCGUCGGUCAACAUUCGCGGCGGGCACCGCGACGCCUACGACGCAUAUCUCGACGCACUCAGCGCCAUGCUCACCAAGAUGGACAUUGCAUGA